GAAGAUUUUGUAUUGACGUUUCCAUGUGGGACAAGAGAGAACGCACGAGCCGAUUUCGUAGCUCUCAAUCCUCCCCUACGCCGUGCCCGCAACUAGAGAUCCGCGUAAUAUUCCGUCAGAAGCAAUCAAAAAGCAAGUGCCCCCCCUCCGACUUCUUCUCCUCCUUCCUCUACCUCUUCUAUUUGUACGGAGUUUCCCUUGCUGGAAGGUUGACCCUGUUUUUCCCCUCUGUUUCUCGAGGCAGCUUCUUGUGGAUCUCCUGAAGCAUCGGUUUACCUCUCCCCGUUUCUUUGAUUCGCUCCAGCAGUAGAGAUAAUUCCUUUUGUUAUUGAAGUGCCGACAGCUGAUCUAGUAGCGACUUCUUUGAAGCGAUGAGCUCUGAGUCUAAGAAAUCCUCUUCAAAUGGGAAUGAGAAAGUUUUAACAUCUGGAGAACAGCAGGCAAAGAUUAACGAGGUGAGGAGAUUGAUUGGCACGGCAGCAUUGCCGGAGAAGUUAUCGGUUUAUUGUUCGGACGCGUCACUUGCUAGACAUUUAAGGGCUCGGAACUGGAAUGUGAAGAAAGCAUCUAAGAUGCUCAAAGAUACCUUGAAGUGGAGAUCAGAAUAUAAGCCUGAAGAAAUUCGCUGGGAAGACAUUGCUCAAGAAGCCGAGACUGGGAAAAUCUACAGAACAAAUUAUAUAGAUAAACAUGGCAGGACAGUUCUGGUCAUGAGACCUAGUUGCCAGAACUCGAAGUCAACAAAAGGACAAAUUAAGUACUUGGUUUAUUGCAUGGAAAAUGCUAUUUUGAACCUGCCAUCCAACCAGGAGCAGAUGGUCUGGCUGAUAGAUUUCCAGGGUUUCAAUCUGUCACACUUAUCAGUGAAGGUGACAAAAGAGACGGCCCAUGUAUUACAGGAUCAUUACCCUGAACGUCUUGGUGUUGCCAUUCUCUAUAACCCUCCCAAAUUCUUUGAACCAUUCUUUUCGGUGGUAAAACCGUUCCUUGAGCCCAAAACUUACAAUAAGGUGAAGUUUGUCUACCCAGAUGACCUCAACUCGAAGAAAAUAAUGGAGGAUCUAUUUGAUAUGGAUCAGCUUGAAUCCGCAUUUGGAGGCAAUGAUGCUACAGGUUUUGAGAUUGGUAAGUAUGCGGAGAGGAUGAGAGAAGACGACAAGAGGGUGCCAUCAUCUUGGACAAGAGGGAACAUUCCGUUGGCAACCCCAGCAGCAGUCGUAACUGUUUCCGCUUCUUUAGAUUCCAUUACUUUAUCAGACUCUGAUCCCUCAGACAACGAGAAGGCAGAGGAUCUGAUGGGUAGGGUAGAGUCGGAGAUAGCAUCUCCCAUUGAUGCCGUGAGAGCAAAAAAUUUAAGUGAUAACCGCAGUGAGAGCGUGCAUUCUUGAAAGAUAACUGGUGCAAGCUUUGCUGUCAUUCUAACCUCGACAAGUAAGUGUGGAUUUUACACUCUGACCAAUUCGGGAUUUUAGUUAGGAGCUUGAAGUGAUCCUCUGUCGAUUAUUUACUAGAUGAAGUUGCCUUGUGACGUCAAGUGACUUUCUAAUGUGGAGUUUCAGGUCAUGUUCAAUGGUUCCUUUUGAUGUGUUCUAAUUA